AUCAUCAUCAUCAUCAACAAAAUCACAACUACUAUUGUUGUAUCCAAUGGCGUUAAGACGAUACAUCGUCUGUUUAACACUACUGACAUGGCUGUCACUUUUAACAAUUACCCAGUCAGUUAGAAUAACAAACCUUAAGGUGCCUCAUAUCUACACACUGGAACGUCAUACGGACCCAGAACCACUGGUGCUAGACUGUGAAUACGAACUGGGGCCACGGGAGAAAGGUUUUGUUCUUAAAUGGCUGUUUAAUAAUCAUUCCAUAUACCAAUGGAUACCCUCGGUCAAAGGAUUUGCCAUGGGUAUUAUGAAAUCAAAAAUAAACACCGAAAUUUUUACUUUAGAAGGUAGUCCGGGUGUCAUUUCAAUACGUAGGCCCGAUUGGAAUAUGACCGGUGAAUAUACAUGUUUCGUACAAACAUUCGAAUCGACUGAUAAACGAAGUAGUCGUCUACAAAUUAUUGUUCCUGAAUCGGAUUUUUUGCUUGAAACCAAAAUGGAUGGAUCUCGAGAGAAUGUUGAAGUAAUGUGUGCCGUUCAAAAUGUAUUCCCACAACCCGUGCUAUCAGUUAUCAGAUUUGAUACAAAAAUUUUGGAUUCGGUAUUGACACAAAUGGAUCAGAAUGCCAGUGGCCUAUAUAGUAUGACAGUUAGAACGCGUAUACCUAGAGAUAAAUUGGAAUCACCCACACCGAUAACAUGUGCAUUUUACCUACUUGGUACUAAUUAUACUAAAAGACGGGAAACUAUUUUCUAUGAUAAAGCAACAAAUAUACAACGUAAAUGGACAACUGUCGCUGUAGUAAUGUCGAUCGCAUCUUUAGCUUUAAGCAGUUAGUUUGGAUAAUUAUAGUAAUAAUAUAUAUAUUAUAAAAAAAAGUAUAUUUGUGUUCGUAUAGGAUAUUUCUAUUUAGAAUUUUAAAUGAAAAAAAAGAAACAAAACAAAAAAAAAACAGAAAACGUAAAAUAAAUUUUGCGGUAUUUUUAACGAAAGUGCUUAUUUUGUAAAUGCAUGUAAA